UUCCUCAUCAACAGAUCUCGCUUUUUUCUCCGGCAACUGAGCGAGCUUUGACUGAUUUCGGACUAGGCCUGCAGCAGGACCUGCAUCACUGCCCGGCAUGUCAACGAAAGAAUCAAAGCCAAAUCUCAGCCAUUCGCAGGCUACAGACAUUCUCAAGCGACUCUAUGGGUUAACCACGUCUGUCAUUCGACCACUGCCAAGUUAUAUUGAUCAGAACUUCUAUGUGGCCUCCAGUGAGGGUGGAGAGUAUGUCUUAAAAGCAAUGAAUUCUGCAGACAGUCAAGACAUUGCUGUUAUUAAGGUGCAGACUUACUCGAUGGCCUUCCUAAACCAAAGAGGCCUUCCUGCGCAGAUCGCUUUACCCACACUGACUGGACAAAUGAUGAGCCUGGAGGAAAUCGAUUGUGGUUUUGGCACACAGACAUAUUUAGUCCGCUUGCUUACCUACAUGCCUGGGACCACCAUAUGCAAAAUUUCCAUCAACACUCAGAUUCUGUACGACAUUGGGAAAAUGGCCGCCACUUUGGAUACAGUUUUACUGCAAAUGGAGCAUCCAAACAUCAGUGUCCUGCAGAGAGACAAUUUUAUUUGGAGUCUCACCAGCAUUCCACUCCUAUACCAGUAUAUUCACGUGAUGGAUGGGGAUCCGGUACAAAAGGUUGUUAAAGCUGUUAUAGAGCAAUACCAGGUCCAAGUCAGGCCAAAACUACCACUGUUUCGCAAGUGCAUCAACCACGGAGACUUAAAUGACCGUAAUCUCUUGGUAAAACCCGAUGGACCCUCAAAAUAUGCGAUCUCUGGAAUCCUUGAUUUUGCAGACAUGAGCUGUGGGUAUUUCAUAUUCGAGCUGGCCAUCACUAUCAGGUACAUGAUGACUGAAAGUCCCAAUCCAUUAGAUGUUGGAGGGCCAGUGGUGGCGGGAUGGGAAAGUGUUUUUCCUCUCAAUGAGGCAGAAAGAGACUCGCUCUACUGGCUGAUUCUGUGUCGGUUCUGCCAGUCCCUGGUUAUAGCUCGCUACACUGUGAUCCAGCAGCCCGAGAAUGAGGAAUAUGUGAGGAUGGCCUCCAAGAAUUGUGUGCAGCAUCUUAGCCGUCUUUGGGAGCUGGGUAAAGAUGAAGUUGAAAGAAGAUGUUUUCAGAAUGCGGCACAGUUCAGCCAAUCUUGACCGAGAACCAAAGCACAAACAUAUGGACAAAUAGAUAGUAAUAAUAUGUAAGAAUAUGUAUCAUUCUGUAAUGCAUAGGCUGGUCAAGCUGGUUUCAGCUGGUCAGCAGCUAAGACCAGACUGGAAAUGGUUGGAAACCAGCCUGGAAAUGGCCAAAACCCCUCUAAAACCAGAAUGUUCAACCAGCUAAAACCAGCCAACCAUCCUAGGCUGGUUUUUGUUUCUUUCCGCAACACUUAAAAGCUGUUUAGGGACUGAAGACAUCAUGUGAUGAAGUGUUUCAGGUGUAAUUUUGUCCCACUCUUCCUUCAAACAAAUCUUAAGGUAGGCAACAGUAAGAGGUCUUCGUUGUUGCAUUUUGUGCUUCAAAAUGUGCCACACUUUCUCUAUUGGACACAGGUCAGGACUGCAGGCAGGCCAGUCAAG